AUGGAGGAAAUGGGAAAGGUUAAAGCUGUUGAUCCAAGAAAAUGGACGGAAAAAAAUAUGCAGAAGGCGGUGGAGGAUGUAAUAAAUAAGAAAAUGGGAGUAAAUGAAGCGAGUCGUUUAUAUGAAAUACCUUCGCGCACAUUGCGAAGACACAUCCUCAUGGGUUGGAGGUCUAAGCAGAGAAUUGGAAGACCUUCAGAAUUGGGAUAUGAGAACGAACUAAAACUUGUAGCUCACAUUAAAAAGCUUGAAUCCAUCGGAUUUCCCUUGGAGCCAUCGAGACUGCAGUCUAUAGCUUACGACUUUGCUGAAAAUCUUCGAUUGCCACAUCGAUUCAAUAAUGAGAAGAAGUCAGCAGGCUGGGAUUGGUUUCAAGGAUUUAUGAAGUGUCAUCCAGACCUGAGUAAACGUAAAGCAGAAGGCCUGUCAUUGGCAAGAGCUAGUGGUAUGAAUAGACAGGAUGUCGAUAAAUAUUUUGAAAUGUUGUUGAAGGUAUUGACUGAUAACGAUUUGAUUAGUAAACCAGAAAGAAUCUACAACAUGGACGAAAGCGGAAUACAAGUUAACAAUAAAACUGGACGCGUAAUUGCUAGCAAGGGUGCGAAAUGUGUAAAUACUGUAACCAGUACCGAAAAAGGUGAAAAUGUAUCUUUGAUUGCGUGCUGCAAUGCGGAAGGUACUUUCCUUCCGCCUAUUUUGAUACUGAAGGGUAAAUACAAAAAACCGGAAUUUUGUGAGGGUCUACCACCUGGCUCAAAUGUAUACAUGAAUCAGAAAUCAUCUUACAUCAACGCUGAACUAUUUUUGAAGUGGAUGAAAGAGCAUUUUAUACCACGAAAGCAAGAUGGCAAGGUUCUUCUGAUUUUAGAUGGGCAUUCUUCGCACUCCAAUUCAUAUGAAAUGCUACAAUUGGCAUCUGAAAACGAUGUGAUUAUCCUCUGUCUACCAAGUCAUACUACUCAGGCUCUUCAACCAUUGGAUAGAAGUUUUUUUAAGCCAUUCAAAAGUUACUUGUCUAAAGAAGUUUCCACUUGGUUUAUCAACAACAAAGGCCGACCUUUUAAUCGAUACCACAUUUCAAAAAUGAUUGGUGAUGCCUGGUUCAAGUCUGCUAUACCAGCAAUUGGCGUUUCAGGAUUUAAAGCGACAGGGAUUUGCCCUUAUGAUCCCAAUGCUGUGCCUGAAUAUUUCUUCAGAAUUUCUGAUGCAUCAAUGGGAAGUAUUCAGAAUAAUGAUGAUUCGCAAGCAAUUAAUAAUCAUUCACAGCCAACUCAGAACACUAUUGCUCUUUCCUUGCCAAGUACAUCCACAUCUCUGAUUAGUAAUAAUAAUAAUCAAGCCAUUCAAAUGUCCACAUCAGAAUCUUCUGAGACUGCACAAGAAUUAACACCAUCUAAGACCUUACAAAUAAUUAGUCCAUUGCCUAUUAUUCAACAAAAAGAGAAAAAACGUAAGAAGACUGUUGUGAGGGAUUUAUCAUCGUCAUCAGAAAGUGAAGUAGAGUUGCAGCUUAGUGAAUCUAGCGAAGAAUGUUCUGAUGAAAAUGAAAACACAUGUGUAGAAUGUCACGAGAAUUACUACCGUACCAAGAAGAAGAGCGAAUGGAUUCGAUGUUUGCAGUGUUCUGGCUGGUUACAUGAAGACUGUACAAGUUAUAGAGAGAAAUGCAAUAACUGCGGUACCAAAGAAAAAGGAAAAGGGAAAGGAAAAAGAACCUCUAAAUGA